AUGGAGCCAACGUCUCCCCAUCCCACACAAGGAAGAAGCCAACCUCCCCCCAUCCCACACAAGGAAGAAGCCAACCUCCCCCCAUCCCACACAAGGAAGAAGCCAACCUCCCCCCAUCCCACACAAGGAAGAAGCCAACCUCCCCCCAUCCUACAGAAGGAAGAAGCCAACCUCUCCCCAUCCCACACAAGGAAGAAGCCAACAUCUCCUCAUCCCACACAAGGAAGAAGCCAACCUCCCCCCAUCCCACACAAGGAAGAAGCCAACCUCGCCCUAUCCUACACAAGGAAGAAGCCAACGUCUCCCCAUCCCACACAAGGAAGAAGCCAACCUCGCCCCAUCCUACACAAGGAAGAAGCCAACGUCUCCCCAUCCCACACAAGGAAGAAGCCAACCUCGCCCCAUCCUACACAAGGAAGAAGCCAGCCUCUCCCCAUCCUACACAAGGAAGAAGCCAACGUCUCCCCAUCCCACACAAGGAAGAAGCCAACCUCUCCCCAUCCUACACAAGGAAGAAGCCAGCCUCUCCCCAUCCUACACAAGGAAGAAGCCAGCCUCUCCCCAUCCUACACAAGGAAGAAGCCAACCUCCCCCAUCCCACACAAGGAAGAAGCCAGCCUCUCCCCAUCCUACACAAGGAAGAAGCCAGCCUCUCCCCAUCCUACACAAGGAAGAAGCCAACGUCUUCCCAUCCCACACAAGGAAGAAGCCAGCCUCUCCCCAUCCUACACAAGGAAGAAGCCAGCCUCUCCCCAUCCCACACAAGGAAGAAGCCAACGUCUCCCCAUCCCACACAAGGAAGAAGCCAACCUCUCCCCAUCCUACACAAGGAAGAAGCCAGCCUCUCCCCAUCCUACACAAGGAAGAAGCCAACGUCUCCCCAUCCCACACAAGGAAGAAGCCAACCUCUCCCCAUCCUUCACAAGGAAGAAGCCAGCCUCUCCCCAUCCUACACAAGGAAGAAGCCAGCCUCUCCCCAUCCUACACAAGGAAGAAGCCAGCCUCUCCCCAUCCUACACAAGGAAGAAGCCAGCCUCUCCCCAUCCUACACAAGGAAGAAGCCAACGUCUCCCCAUCCCACACAAGGAAGAAGCCAACCUCUCCCCAUCCUACACAAGGAAGAAGCCAGCCUCUCCCCAUCCUACACAAGUUGUUACACAAGGAAGAAGCCAGCCUUUCCCCAUCCUACACAAGGAAGAAGCCAGCCUCUCCCCAUCCUACACAAGGAAGAAGCCAACCUCUCCCCAUCCUACACAAGGAAGAAGCCAGCCUCUCCCCAUCCUACACAAGGAAGAAGCCAACCUCUCCCCAUCCUACACAAGGAAGAAGCCAGCCUCUCCCAAUCCUACACAAGGAAGAAGCCAGCCUCUCCCCAUCCUACACAAGGAAGAAGCCAGCCUCUCCCCAUCCUACACAAGGAAGAAGCCAACCUCUCCCCAUCCUACACAAGGAAGAAGCCAACCUCUCCCCAUCCCACACAAGGAAGAAGCCAACCUCUCCUCAUCCCACACAAGGAAGAAGCCAACCUCCCCCCAUCCCACACAAGGAAGAAGCCAACCUCUCCUCAUCCCACACAAGGAAGAAGCCAACCUCCCCCCAUCCCACACAAGGAAGAAGCCAACCUCUCCUCAUCCCACACAAGGAAGAAGCCAACCUCUCCUCAUCCCACACAAGGAAGAAGCCAACCUCCCCCAUCCCACACAAGGAAGAAGCCAACCUCUCCUCAUCCCACACAAGGAAGAAGCCAACCUCUCCUCAUCCCACACAAGGAAGAAGCCAACCUCCCCCCAUCCCACACAAGGAAGAAGGCAACCUCUCCUCAUCCCACACAAGGAAGAAGCCAACCUCUCCCCAUCCCACACAAGGACGAAGUCAGCGUCUCCUUUGUUUCCUCAGACAUGGUGGGAUGCUCCUAGUCUGGAGUCCCCGCUGCCUCCUGUUCCCUGUGUCGCCUGA